AACCCCCUCUCUCUGAACCCCAAAACCCUAAACCCCAAAAUUUCCAAUGGCUCUUCUUCUCGGUCCUCCAUCCCUCAGGCAAUCCCCAACCCCGGCGGCCCAACAACCACAGGCCCAAGCCCCCUCCGGCGACCCAUUCAUCGACCUCAUGGUCGCCGAUUACAACAACCUGGCCCAGCCUCCGAUCACCAGGCCUCAAAUGGGCUUCACCGAGAACGGCUCAGCCACAUUCGUCACCACCGGCGAUCCUUGCCUCGAUCUCUUCUUCCACGUCGUCCCCAACACUCCGGCGUCGUAUCUGAACCAGCAGCUCCCUCUGGCCUGGGCCCACAACGCCCUCACCACCCUCAAGCUCAUCUGCAACCUCCGCGGCGUACGUGGCACCGGCAAGUCUGACAAAGAAGGAUUCUACACGGCGGCGUUUUGGCUCCACAAGAACCACCCCAAAACCCUAGCCUGCAACGUCGCCUCCCUCGCCGAGUUCGGGUAUUUCAAGGACCUGCCGGAGAUUCUGUACCGCCUUCUAGAAGGUGAGGAUGUGAGGAAGAAGCUGAAGUCCGAGUGGCUGCAGAGGAAGUCCGGCAGGGGUAGGGUUCUGACGGCGGCGGUUCCAUUCUCCAGAGGAGGUCGCGGCGGCGGCGGUGCUAAAAAGAGAACCAAGAGCGGUGGCCGGAGAGGAAACAACAGCCGUGUGGCUAGGGAGGUGAGGGUGCUGAACUCAAUGGAGAGGGCAAAAUCGGAAAAGGAAAAGGCCUCUGCUUUGCGGAAGGAGAAGUUCGCAGCCAUGGCCAAGAAGGCUGUUGAGAGGUACCAGCGUGACCCGGACUACAGAUUCUUGCACGAACGGGUUUCGGAUCUUUUCGCAGAGUGCUUGAAAUCGGAUAUGGAGAAUUUGAAGUCCAAUCAGUACAAGAAGAUUAGCCUUGCGGCGAAAUGGUGUCCUUCUCUGGACUCGUCUUUUGAUCGAGCCACUCUGCUCUGUGAGAGCAUUGCCAGGAAGGUUUUCGCAAGAGAAUCGCAUCCGGAAUAUGAAGGAAUUGAGGAUGCACAUUAUGCUUAUAGAGUCCGAGACCGGCUGAGGAAGGAUGUGUUGGUGCCAUUGAGGAUAGUGUUGGAGUUGCCGGAGGUUUAUAUGGGUGCCAAUCUGUGGGGUGCCAUUCCUUACAACAGAGUGGCCUCUGUGGCGAUGAAGCUUUACAAGGAGAAGUUCUUGAAGCAUGAUGAGGAGAGGUUUAAGAAGUAUUUGGAGGAUGUCAAGGCCGGGAAGUCUACUAUUGCGGCCGGUGCUCUGCUUCCGCAUGAGAUCAUAGCCUCUCUGAAUGAUGGGGAUGGAGGGCAGGUGGCCGAGCUUCAGUGGAAGAGAGUGGUGGAUGACUUGUUGAAGGAGGGCACGAUGAAGAACUGCUUGGCUGUGUGUGAUGUGUCCGGAAGCAUGGAUGGGACUCCUAUGGAUGUGUGUGUUGCUUUGGGAAUGUUGGUGGCUGAGUUGAAUGAGGAGCCAUGGAAAGGGAAGGUGAUCACAUUCAGUGCCAAUCCUCAGCUUCACUUGAUACAAGGCAAUGAUCUAAGGUCCAAGUCUGAGUUUGUGAAGCGAAUGGACUGGGGAGGCAACACUGAUUUUCAGAAGGUGUUUGAUUUGAUCCUCCAAGUGGCUGUGAAGGGGAAUCUGAAGCCGGAGCAAAUGAUUAAGAGGGUGUUUGUUUUCAGUGACAUGGAAUUUGAUCAGGCUUCGGGUUAUGGUUAUGGUUAUGGAGGAUAUGGAUAUGGGCGGUUCGGAAGUAAUGAUGUUCCAAGGGGAUGGGAGACUGAUUAUGAGGUGAUUCAGAGGAAGUACAGGGAGAAAGGGUAUGGUGAUGCGGUGCCACAGAUAGUGUUUUGGAAUCUGAGGGACUCGAAGGCUACUCCCGUGCCUGGGACUCAACCAGGAGUGGCGCUACUGAGUGGCUUCUCCAAGAAUUUGCUCAAGCUCUUCUUGGAUAAUGAUGGGGAGAUUCGCCCUGACACAACCAUGGAAGCAGCAAUCUCGGGUCCAGAGUAUCAGAAGCUGGUUGUGCUGGAUUGAUUAGUUGGAACAUCACCAUCUUUUAGGUCCAUGUGUAAAAAAAAACCCAAAAAAAUAGUAGUAGUAGUAGUUUCUUUUUUUUGGAUAGAUAGUAGUUAGUAGUUUUUUUUUUUUUUGUUGGAUAGAUAGUGGUAGUAGUAGUUUCA